AUGGACAUGUUAGACGGUGUACUGCCACUUUGCAAGAUCACUUAUUUGGACAAAGCCCUACACAAUGGCGUCCGAGUUGACACCAAACUGUUCACACGAAGACCUUUCAGGGCAUCUUUCCAAAAGGUACAUCAACCCAGCACCAUGUUUUGCUGUUGCAUGCUUGAUGACGAAAAGCGGCCAAUGACACAGAUGCAACCAUGUUGUACAUUGCCCUCACGUGUGGGAACCUUUGUAAACUGUCGCGUGUUCAACGCACUCAAGCCGUCACUGGUGUUUUCAUUCGAAUUGAUGUGGCUGCCUUUGCCCUACAAGGCUAAACGUAUGCACUGA